UCCUUCCGAAAAAGAUUUUAAAUCAAAAUCAGCAAAACCCUAAACCCUAAAACACUCGCGCGACGCGUCUCCUUCCUUUCCUCUGGUCGACAAGUGAAACAAUAUGGUUUCUGAGAAAAAAUCAAAGAAAAUUCCUGUGUGGGAUUUGCCUGAUAUCCCCAAAGGUGAGCUGCCGCCGCACAUUCAAUUGCAGAGGACCCGCGUCUCUUGCACUCUCGAUGCCCCAACUCAUACCGAGAAUGUACAAUACUCGGGUGCUUAUGCGGCGAUGGGAGUGGAUAACAGUUUGAGACUGCCGGAGUUUCGCAACAAUUUUAAGGUUGAAGUGAUUAGUCUCACGGAGGAUGACAUGGAGUUCGAUAUGAUUGGUAUUGAUGCUUCUAUUGCAAAUGCUUUUCGAAGAAUCCUCAUAGCUGAGCUCCCCACCAUGGCUAUUGAAAAGGUUUUUAUUGCAAAUAACACCUCAGUGAUACAAGAUGAGGUGCUCUCCCACAGACUGGGUCUUGUCCCACUUAAAGUUGAUCCAAGACACUUCAAUUAUAUGUCAGAAAAGGAUGAACCAAAUGAGAAAAAUACCAUUGUAUUUAAACUUCAUGCACGUUGUGAGAAAGGGGGGUCACGUAUUAAAGUGAAGUCCAAUGAACUAAAGUGGUUGCCCAAUGGCAGUGAGUUCACACUAAGUACAGAGAAAUCAAAUCAAGAUUCGACAUCAAAGCCAAAAACUUACACUUCUUUCGGUUGUAGUCAGGAUUCCAUGCCAGAAUUUGCAAACAACCCAAUUGCCACCAAGCAUGGGGAUAUAAUUCUUGCUAAACUUGGACCCAAACAGGAAAUUGAGCUGGAAGCACAUGCUGUGAAAGGAAUGGGCAAGACACAUGCUAAGUGGUCGCCUGUAGCCACUGCUUGGUACAGGAUGCUGCCUGAGAUUGUUUUGUUAGAAGAAAUUGUGGAUGAAAAGGCUGAAGAACUUGUCAAGAAAUGUCCUGUAAAAGUGUUUGACAUUGAAGAUAUUGGUAAAGGUUCUAAAAGAGCAACAGUGGCAAGGCCUAGAUCUUGUACCCUCUGCCGUGAAUGCAUCAGAGGAGAUGAUUGGGAAAAGCUUGUGGCCGUUCGGCGAGUAAAAGAUCAUUUCAUCUUUACAAUUGAAUCUACGGGAGCAUUGCCCCCUGAAGUAUUGUUCACUGAAGCGGUGAAGAUUCUGGAAGACAAGUGUGAGCGGGUGAUAAGUGAGCUCUCGUGAGGCAACUCGGAAGGAAAGUUUUCCAGGGACAAUCAAAGUAUAAUCCAGGAAAAGGAGUACAAUAUCAACUUUAGAGGCUCGUGAAUUAAAGAAUGUUAAAUCCUCAGAAAUCACAUGUGAAGAGCAUAUAGUGCUAGACAAAUAUAUCCAUGUAAUCUGCUCCAAUUAGAGAAGCAUUUUCCUAAGAUUCUUGUCUGCAGGUUAAAUCACAUUAUUAUAUUUUAGGAACAUCUUUGCAUGAAUUUGUUUGGCAUUUUACCUUUUUCUCAUCUCAGACUCUCUUAGCAAGUUUUGAGCAGUUAUGUAAAUUCAAACGAAAUUUGGUCUUGAUUAUUCUACAAUCUACAUGAUGAAUUUGCUGUA